AUUUGUUAGCUAGUACUGUUGUUAAAAUUGACGUGGUAUCGACACGAAAUCUAAAUUAGUCACAUUGUGUAAGUGUAAGCAUUAAUAAUAAUAGCAUUUAGUUUAGUAGUUUCUAAAGAUAGAUAAUUUUUUUUAAACAUUGUAACAAUAAACUUGUAAAUAUUGACCAAUGUGCCUAAUAUUCUAAUUUUAAUAAGUAAUUUUAAUUAAUAAUAAUAAUAAGCAGGUCUGCAUAAUAAUAAUAAUAAUAAUAAUAAAGUUCAUUUCAAAAACACGCUUCAUCCCCAAAGGCUCGAAGCGCGGUACAAAGUCAACAAAAAAUAUCUAUAAUUCACCACAUUUAAAACAAACGCAACACUACAAAAACUAAUUACAAGCAUACAAUAUCAAAGUCUUUCUAGCCAUUUCAACCCGGAGCAACACAGCAUCAGCAACACAUGGAAAAUAAGGUAGACAAUCAUCCCAGAAGGUAUUUGCGAAAUAGAUGUGUCUUUAGAUCGGUUUUAAAGGACUCCAGUGUCUGGUUGUUUCUAAGAUGGACAGGAAGGGCGUUCCAAAUUGUUCCAAAUUGCAUACACAUGAUACACUGUAUGAUGUAUGUGUAUGAGUAUGAAUCAUACUAUGAAACACAUCACAGAUCUAGAUUUAACUAAUUUAAGUUCAAAAAUUACUAAGUAUUAGACUACUUAGACUUUAGACUCAGACCUAGCCUAAAAUUGAUUUGGGCCAUUUUUUUUACAUAAAAGAAUAGUAGAUUAGUAGCCUAUGCACUGGGCCUGGGUGUCAAACUCCCAAUAUUUCUGAAUAAUGAUUGGUUUACUUCAUCAGGUUCUUUUACACAUUGAUUGUUCAUCAUCAUCAUACUUAGUAUAGUCAUAGGUCGUAAUAACUAAUAACAUUGAAUUAACACAAGGUCCAUAAUUAAUGCAACUUUAAUAUAUAAAUAUAUCAAUAGACUGUACUUUUCUUUAAACGACACAUGUAUAGCGCAGCUCGCUAUCAGAGAGAAUAAUACACAGCGUUUUCCUACAAAGUUAUCUUCACGAAUAAACACAUAUGUCUGAAUUACCAUUCAGGAAUAAACACAUACGUCUGAAUUACCAUAUGUCACAAAACAGACUAGACUAGACAAUACGUCAUAAUAACUAAAAAAUAUGUCACCAAGUAAAAUGCGGGAAGAGCAAUCACUAACUAAUUACUCUGUCUAAAACACACUGCGUAUAAUUAAACACAAUAUCCAGUGCGUAACAAUUAUUAGUGAACUUCCAUGCUCGACACUAGGGUUGCCAGAUGGUAUCCAAAAGAAGGACAUGUCCUCAUAUGGCUUCCUUUUUUGGUUUUAAAAAACUGUUUGCCUUUAUCAUUGCACAGCAGAUUAGAAUAAAGAGGACGCUGUCUUUUUUUUUUUUUUAGAAAUGCCACAAAACAAUGAAAAAUACAGACAAAUAAAGAGAUCUAUAAUGUGUUUCACCUAAUGGGGAGAAGUGAAUAGUGUAUUGAUAUACAAGUAACAAUCAAGCAGGUAUCAAAGUUGAAUGCUUUAAAAUACUAUUAAGUGGCUCUCAACCUUUUAACUGCCAGAGCCCCUUUACAAAAUUUGCCAAGUUGUGGAGCCCCACACCAGGAUUAUACUGAUAAAUUGAGAAACUGAAUAAGGGAGGGGGGGGCAGAGUUUUAUUGUAGAUAAAAUGAUCUUGGGACUGUAAUUUUAAUUGGUAACAUGGGGGAGGAUGGAUGGAAGCAUAAAUAAGAGCCAAGUAUGGAAGAGGCAGAGGGUCUGUAGACAAAAAUGUUUUGAUAAAUUCACACAUCAGGUUAUGGUUUUGUGUGGAAGCUGCUAACAUUUGUUUCAAAUUUAUGCAACAAAAAAAGGAAAAAAACAAAGAAAAAAAAUAACAAGAAAAUGUUUUAAAAAAUGAAAAGAAAUGGCCAAAAAAUAUAUAUAAAACUAGCUGCUGACAUCUAGUAAUGAAAAAAAAAAAGUUAAUUUUAAUUUAUUAUGUACCUAUUCUACAUAGUCAGAGUGGAGUUACAAAUAGAACUAGUCUGAUCACUGUUAAUAAUAUUUAAAUAUUAAAAUGAAAAUUCAAAUAAGAAAUAAUGCACAUUUUACACAUAAAACCCCCCUCACGUUUCUAAAAUAAAAUUCUGAAGUGACCCCUGACAAUUUGUCGGGCAACCCCUGAGAACUUAGAAACGAUCCACGCAAAAAAAGAACAACAAACAGAAAUCUUUGGGUACUCAGUCUUAUCACUCAGUAAGCAUGUGAAUUGAAAUAUUAAUUGUAAAUUAAAAGUGCCAUGGUCAUAGUCAUAACUAAAGAUGUGCAAAUAAUUAAACAAAAUUCCCAACAAGUACAUUAUUAGUUUUAUAGCUUUUCAUUUUCAUUUAGCUUACAUUCUCCUUCACAAAAAUUGGUACCAUAACCUUUUAAAAAAAAACAAGUUUUGUGAAAAAUAGUUUAGUAAUUAACAAUAGUUGAUCUCAAGUUUUUUUUACAGCUGACCCUUUAAGAAGGGUAUAAUUUUUAUGGCAAUCAUAAAAUUUCAGUCAAAGUUUAACUAGUUUUUGGUACUUUGUCUUUUUUGGGUUGUGACUUAGUUCAUGAGAUGGUAUUCCCUGAAGGCCCGAUGGAUGAUUGGAAAGAUGGCGUAAAGUGUUGUUAAGAAAGCAUUCAUGCUUCACUCAUACAGCGAAAUGAGAAGGACUCAAAUGUUGUGAUAUUAAAAACAUGCUAUGCUUAUUCAGCAAUUUUUCUUUAUGGAAUCAUUUAAUUCCCAUACCCAUACAAAAAGUCAAAAUAAAUUUUUAUUUUAAAGUCUGUGCUAUACUUAUGGAGUUACAAAAAUUAUAUUGAGACAUUGUCAGCAUUUUUUAGUAUUAAACUUUAUGUUUUAUCUAUUCUGCAGGUUAAAAAGAUUUAACUUACAAGAUAUGUCUGAGUCAGAGGAAGAGGCAGCCUUUGCCAGUGCUGACGAAGGGGAGGAAGGAAAGGCUCGAGGCAAGAAAGAUUUGAAAGAAGGUAAAGUGACAAUAAAAAAAGAAUUUUUGCCCCUCAAUUAUACCUAAUAUAGUGAAACUUGUGAUUAACAUAAAUCCUCCAGACCAAAACAAAAUGAUACUUUUUUGCAAAAAUGGUGCUUUCACUAGUUCAUCCCAAAUGAUGACCAUGCUCAAUAAUUUUUAUAAAAGAAGUUAGCAGAUUGAACUUAUAAAACAAAAUAUGCAUAUUUUUCUUAACACCAUCAAAAAAUAAUGAAACUAGAAAUUAUUUCAUUUUCCUUAAACAUUCUGCAUCAGUGACCACAAUCUGUGGGUUGUGAUCCCCUCGGGUGUCGCCUUGCAAUAUGCCAGGAGCUGCUUCUGAUAAUACUUCUUUUUUUUUUGUUCCACCUUUCAUUUUAAGAUUUAAAUAUCAUUUUCUGUGAUGAGGAAGUUUCUAAUUAUUACUACCAUUUCUUUUCAAUAAAAAAAACUUACAUUACAUGAAGACAAAAAAUGUGUAUACUCUAUAUUCCUUUGUGGUGGGUUUUUUAAAAAGUUUAUUGAAAGUUUUUUACUGAUAUUUUUCGUAAUUUUUACUUUUCAUUUUAAAAUUGGCCCUACACACUUAAAAGUAUACUUUUUAAUUUUUUUAUAGUCCAUUUUUUCAAUAUUUACGCUAUUUAAUAUGAAUUAAAUGUUCAUGAUAAGGAUUAAAUAAAUUUUAAUUUAUAAAAUAUUAAUAAUAUAAAACCCGCCCUCCCAAAAUUUUCAGUAAGAGUUUUUUCAUUUCUAGGCAUAAUCCACUGAAUUACAUCAACAUUAAAAGUUGAGUAAUUGACAGUGUGUUGCGAAUAUCCAAACUUAGAAUAUAUGUAAAUUCAUAUUGUGGCAAAUAUUACGUUGUCUAGGGGUAGGUUUCCCUUUGUUAUGGCCACAGAAAACAAUUGCAGAGUCAAAAACUCCUUUCCUUGUAGCCCCUUCAGAGCUGAUGCAUCGUAAGAUUCAAAUAGCAAAAAAGGGUUCAAAAGGCUCAGGUUUCGAAUUCAUGACAUUCUAAAAUGUAUAAGAAAUAAACACUUAUAAGAAAUAAACACUGGUGUUCACAAUAGACGUGUCCAAAAAUCCUAAACACUAAAUUCACUCCUAGCAAAAAUAUAAUACUAAUUCUCUCCUGGCUAAAAUACAAUACUAAUUCUCUGCUGUCAAAAAUACAAUACUAAUUCUCUCCAGGCAAAAAUACCACAUAUAUCUCUAAGCGAAAAUUCUAAGUGUCUCUUUUGCUCAACAAAAAUGUACACAACCUUUAUACUCAGGUUUUUAAUCAUCGCCUUGACACUGUCAUAAGUGGCUGUCAUAUGUCUUGCUAUGACCAUGUGUUUACAAAUUUGAACAGAAAAGACACAGUUCAUCCUAAUCCUUAUUCUGGUUAUGGCAUUUGCCAGAGACUAUGGUAUUUCAACAUUCAAUAUUCACAUUAAUCUAAAUAAAUUUAAAUCAUGUUUUCACAACAUUGUAAUAUGUUUUAAAAAGAAUAACAUUAAUUUUUAUCUUGUACAGAGGAAGAGCCAAAACAAAGGGAGGGUGUUGGAACAGAUGGGGAUAAAAAAUUGACUAUCCAGCAAGAUGCCGCCAAGGUUGGUGGAAUAAAAGGGAAAGGCAAGCAGCAACCAGCACAAAAGAACAAGAAAAAAGGUGCUUAAUUAAUUAAAUAGCAUGUGUUAAAGAUAAGGUUAUUUAUCAGGAAAAUAUAAAGAUAACAUCUUGAAAAUUUUGACUUGCUUAUUUGUGAAAUUUCUUACAUUUGUCACAAGGGAGAGUAAGCAGUAAUCUCAGCAACAACAAAAAGUGUGUGGGAUGGGAGGGGGGGCUGGGGUUGAGUUUAUCUGAAGAUUGGGAUAAAUCAAUCUUUGUCCACGAUUGAACUGUUAUUUAAUUUUUUUUUUAGACUCGAUGUGUGCGUUAUAUUUUUUAAUCAAAAAAAUUUCAAUAUACCCACAAUGCUCCUAAUUUAUAAAGAAUUUAUAAAAUACUCCACCUUGUCUUGUAUUUCAAAAUUAUUUCAAAAUUUUUACAGGUAGCAAGAGCAGCCAGCCACUUGCUAAAGAAACACAGCAACCUGUACCUAAACCAGUCAGCCCUCCGAAGUCAUCUCCAGACCCACAGGCUAUGUCUUCUACUUCAAGCGCUAAAUCCACAUCAUCAGUGGAACCACCUGAAACUGAUAAAGGGGCACCACUCAAAGCCACAUCAGAACUUGUUUCUAAAGGGGGUAAAAAAGUAGUUGCCCAAAAAAGCAAAGAAUCUAUUAGUCAAGAAACAUCCACAAAAAUCAAAUCAGAAACUUUACAGGAAGAUCAGCCAACUGCAUUGGAGGCAGGGUCUAGAAACUCGCUUGAAAUAGAAAAAGUAUUGAAGAAUGAAACCGUUGAAUCUCUGUCGACAGCUGUGACAAAUACUGAAAAUAACUCAGAAAAAGUUGAGACUAAGCAGGCAGCUGAUGUGAGGAAAGGCUUGCAGUCAAGUAUAGUACCAAGCCCAGAAAAGCAGGACAUUCCCAGAGGGGAAAAGGAUCACACAGCUCAGCAGGAAGAAGUUCUCAAAAAGCUCACAGAAUCUGUUGAGAAGGUAAUUUUAAAAAAUGAAUAAACAGGCCAGAUUAAUAAUAUUGGAAAACAUUGAAUUUAGAGCCCAUCCUGAGUGCCUGCCAUUAUAAGCUUGCAAAGCAAAUUGGUUGACAGGCAUAAACUUAUUUUGUAUGGUAUUUAAGAAGCUUGUAGUAAUUGAACAACAAGUAAAUCAUUUAAUUCAAAAAGUGUCUUCUAAUAUGAACUCUCGCCGUUUGAAAUAGGAUCCCCAUUAAAAAGGGGCCAUUUUAGUUAUCUUUAGGAUUGGGGAACUAUACAAAUCAUUCAGAUAAAUAUGCAAGUUAAUUUUUCAAAUGCAUCCCAUUAAAAUGGGUAGAAUUUGCAGAGUUGUUGCCUUUUAAACUUUCACUAUUGGGGCCGCAGGCCUCAAAAGAACUUAAUCUUUCAUAUUUUACAGCAUUGAGUAUUUUUAGGUUGGGUAACGAACAAACUUUAUUUAAAAUUAAAUUGUCUCAUUAAAUUUGGUUGAAAACCGCAAGAGAUAAAAAUUGUUUUAUUCAAAAUAAAACUGGGUGCACCCCACCAUCCCCCAACCUGCUCAAAAAGAUGUGGAUAUUAUAAGUUUGAAAUCCACCAAUAUUUUAAAAGGGAUUACGAAACAUAUGUUUACCAAAUUUGGCCUAGAUGUGACACUUUAUGUAGAAGCUUGGAUUGUAACGUAAGCUUUCUUGUGUAGCUUUUGCUGUUAUAAGGAAAAGGCAUUGUAGAACCUUCUACACUCAUUUGGAACUUUCUAGAAACCUCAAAAAUAUCUUUAAAUUUUAUUUCUUAACAUUUGAGGACAAUCAUGGACACUCAUAGCAACAUAUGAAACAUGAAAGUACAUUUAUGUAAUCUUAAAACCCUUAUAAAAAAAUCGAACAUGCUAGAAUAAGAAGCUUCUAGAAACUUAAAAAAGAUAUAUUAACCGAAUCCAGGGAAAUUCCCUGGAAAGUAUAUUGACAUUUUUAUAAUCUAUAUACCUAUGUGUAACAAUAUUGAAUUUGCUGGAAAAUUCUAUAACUUUUUUAAAACCUCAAAAAUUACUAACAUGUGACUCUUUUUAUGUAGUCAUAAUUAGUCAAGAUUAAAAUAACUAAAACAAAAUGUCGUAACUCUAUAGUUUUCCAUUAUCGUUCAAAUAAGGUUCCCCAAUGGGGACCCAUUCUAUAAUGUGACAUUUUAAUUAUCACCAAGAUAUGGACCAUAAAUUAUUCAUCAAAUAAAUAGCCAAGUAAAAAUUUAAAAGUUGUCCCAUUAAUGUCGGUAGAAAAAAAUAAGGAAAUGAAAUGAGCAUCUUUGGCUCUGACAUCAUUGAAUAUUAUGAGUUCAAAACCCUCCAGUUUUUCAAUAUAGAUUUUCAAGUGUGUUUGUACCAAGUUUCAUCUAUCCAUUAAGUUUAUUUUAUUUAAAUACCUCAUAUACGAAAAAAGAACUUAAUCUUUCAUAUUUUACCGCAAUGAGUAUUUUAGGUUUGAUAAUGAACAAAUUUUAUUUUAACAAAUUCUCCCAUUAAAAUGGGUUGACAAGGGAACCCACUUUGACAAAAAAUGUGAAUAUUAUUAUUUUGAAAUCCACCAAUAUUUUAAAAAGGAUAAUGAAAUAUAUUUUUACCAAGUUUGGUCUAGGUGCUACAAUUAUCAUAGAAGCUUUCAUUGUAACUCAGCCCUGGUGUAUAGCUUUGGCUAUCACAAGGAAAAUACAUUGUAGAAACUUAUACACUCAUUUUUGAGCUUAAAAUCUUUGACCUAGAACCAUUUGAGGAAAAUUAUACAGUCUUAUAGAAACAUAAAAGGAAAUCUUUAAGUCUACCAAUCAAUAUCUAAUGUAGGUAAAAAAAAAAAUUUAAUAAACUUAUUGUAUUCCGAAUUUAAGUACAAGUAAAUAAUUUAAUUUAAAAAGUGAAAUUUAUUAUUACAUUUUAAGAUUUUUUAAAUAAAACUUUUGGGAUAAGCGGUUAGGACCAAACUUUACAGGAACCAUCUAUAGGCCAGGGGGAUGACCAUGUAAGAUUUGGUUGCAAUCCAUAUUUUGGUUUUCUUGUGAUCAAUCAACCCAUCUACAAACAAACAAACAAAUAUAGUCUCACUAUAUAGAAUAGAAGUAGUUGCCUAAACUUGCGUCUCUGAAACGUUAAUGUUAAUACCCUAACAGGUACUAUUUAUAUUUUUGUUAGGUAACACCCAAUGGUAUUUGUUUUAAUAAAGAUCUAAUAGAGUUACACAAAAUUAUCUAGAUUAGACAAUAAUAAAACACAUAUUAUUUUUUAUUUAUAAGUAUUUCAACGUGCAUUAAAAAUUAAAAUAUUUUUUUUUAAGACUUCAGAAGGUGGGUGGGGUUGGAGUAGCUGGGGCUCAUCUAUACUUACAGCUGCCACUCAGUCAGUACAGACAUUCAGCCAUCAAGUUGGUAAGUUGAUUAUGUUUAUGAUCAGGGUUAAACCAGUGACAUAUUACUUGUUCCAAAUGUAAACUAUUUAUAUUUAUGACAUUUCUCCAAAAAGCUUUACUUCUUUUCUUAAUGCAGAAGUUUUGUCUUUUAAAAGAAAGUGCUUGGCCGCAGAUGCAUAAUUUUGUCAAGCCUAUCCAAUAUUUCAAAGCGCUCUUCCACAGGUGAUGGCUUCUCCACAAUUAUAGACUCUGUAGAGUCAUCACUGAGCAUCCCUGAUCCUGAAGAACUUGUGAGAGCUCAGGGGGUCACCGAGCCAACUCCUAUCACCGAAGAGCCACCCACAGGUAGAAGCAAACAAAUAUCUUUACUUUAGCACGAGUUGCUGUCUAAAUUACACACCAACAUGGUAAUCUAAAGCAAGACAUGGAAGAUUCAAAGGGAUGUUUAGUGAAGAUUUUUAUAAUUUUUCUAUAUUUUGAGGGCCCAUGAUCAAAUAAUUGAUCAUUCUGGAUUCUGGUUUGAAUUUAGAGUUUGCCUUCUCUUAGAAGAGUUGCCGUCCUAGGUUAAUGAGUCCCAUCCACCUGGAUGAGGAUGAAUUAAUUUGUUAUAAUUUUUUAUCUAAUUUUUUUUCAAAAUCAUUAAUUUCAGCAAUAUAUCUUUGUCUUGAAUAGAGCAUUAUAGAAAACAUGUCCAAAUUAUAAGAGCAGUUAUUUGAGCAGUGCUCGAGUUCAAUAAAAUCAUUUUGAGCUUCCACUUUUAAACAAUUCUUUAAAUUGUGCCACCUUAAAAUAAAAAAAGUGUAUUUGUGCCUACUAUAUUUGUGUGAUCUUGUAUUUCAGCUGUGGUUAGCCAACCAAAUGAACUGAAAAUGACAAGACAGUUUCAGGAGGAGAAACGCCAAGGAGAAUUCAAUUAUGAUAGAGAUGAUGAUGAUGAUGAUGAGGAAGUGAAGGAUUGGAAGGGAGCGGAAGGGGACCAGCAUAAAGAAGCUGGCGGCGGUGGAUGUUUUUCAAGCUGGGGGGUUGCAGAUUUAGCUAAGAAAGUUACAGACAAAGUAAGUAAAUGUGCCAUUAUCGAUUAAGUAAGAAGUAGAUAUUUGCUUCCCAUCGGGUUUUUAAAUUACUCUCUACUGAAACACCAGUCUAAAUUUAUAGCUUUUAUGGUUUAUGUAUUACAUUUAGCUGUUUUGUUGAAUACCUCUGGAGAGGAAAGUUUAUUAAAGGUACAUAACAUUAUCAUUAUGAGUUAAUGUAAGUCUAUGUGUCCAAAAUGAUUAAUGUACCGGGAAUUUUAUUUCAAGAAACAUUUCAAUCUUAAGUUUAACAAAAUUCUGCAACAUAAACAUGUUGAGCUCAUUGUAAAAUUGUUUGUUUUUCUUAUAGGGCAAGUCUUUGGCUUCUAAAGGGCAAACAUUAAUGGCUGGAGGAUUUGAUGCUGUAGAAAAUCUGGCAUCCAGUGGCAUUGAUGUACUGGAAAGUAUUGGCAAAAAAACCUACAAUACAUUAUCAGAACACGACCCAGCUUUCAGGAAAACGAGGGAAUUCUUAUCCCCUAAAGGAAAUAAGCCGAACUUGUCCAGUGUCUUAAGGGAUGCCAGGGACAAGGCAGAGCUUGAGUCUGAGCAGAUCAAGGAAAACGAGGAAGCCAGGAAGGCUCAUUUUGGAACUCUGUUUGAUGAUUAUCAAGGUAGACAUAAAAAAACAUCCACAAAGCUCCAUUUAAGGUUAAUCUUCUAAUGAAAUAUCCACUCCAAACCAAUGUGAAUUUUGACUCACAUUGUUGUGCCUGAGUCGAUUAGUAAAAGGGACACACUUCGUGAUGGAAACAUUUUUAUUCAAUUUGACAUUUAUUGAUGGCAUUGUAAUUUUAAACCAAGAAUUAUAUAAAUGAUCUCUGAAACUUUAUAACAUCUAACUCUUAAUUAUAAUACAAAAUGUAAUGUGCUAUAAAAAAAAUAUGUAAUCUUCCAUUUAUUUAUCUUUCCAUUUCACAUAGUGUUUGCACAAAAAAAUAUACCAAUUAAAACUCAUUAGAUUUUAACUAAUCACCAAUUCAGGAAUAGCUCACUUAGAAGCCCUGGAGAUGCUGUCCAACCAGAGUGAAAAGAAGGUCCACUCCCUGCUGAAUUCCCUGUCAUCCCAAGAUCUUGCUGCCAUCAAGCCUCUGCUCAUCUCCAUUAAGGCAACAUUUGAGUUGAAAGAUGAUGAAGAUGAUUCAGGUUUGGCAUGGCCUUACAGCCUUUCAUUGUAUCCCGUCGUAGUUGCAACUGACUCCUUAUGUUUCAAUUCUUUAAAAUUCUAAUUUUUCCGAAUUGUUCUCAAUUUAAAAAUUAAAACUACAGUCCUGUGCAAAUAUUUAAAUAGUUCAAUAACAGAGAUUGUAUAAUGUAUGGUUUAAAGUACACCAAACAUUGCACCCAUAUUAUAUCAAACCCUUGUUCCAUUUAUACAAAUUUAGUAUUUUAUACAAUUCAAAUCAUCUUGCAAGAUGUAAUUCAAUCUUUAUCAGACAAAGAUGGAAGAAAAAGGAUACUGUUUCAGCUUUGUGGAAUGAAGCUGAAGAAGACCAGUUAACACAUUUGCAAAACAACUUGUCAGUUGUAAGAUAAGGCUGAGCUUUCCAUCUCUUCUCCAGACACAACCAGUGACCAGGAUUUCAAUGGUGUAGUGAGCCAGUGCUUGACAGAGCUGGAGCUGGGAACAGCGCCAGACAAGCUGAACAGGGUCCACGAUAUGGUCAAGCGGUGGAUACUAGACUUUGAUGCUCAUGAAACUCACGACAAUGACAGCCUGAAGGUGUGUUAACACUGGGGCGCCGCCGUGACGUAUCUCUGCAUCAACUUUUACUUCAACAAGCAGUUGAAUUCUGUACAAUAUUUACAUACUAGUAGUCCAUUAAUCAAUAAUUGUGAUGAGUCAUAUCAUUAGAAAACAUGUCUGAAACUUCUUUAAACCAUAAUGCCAGUGGUGUUUUUACCAAAUUAUUUUGGAUGGUUGAACUCUUUAAUUUUUUUUAUUUUAAAAAAUAUCCCUGGAUAAUGUUUGUUUUUUUUAAAAUUAGGAGCUAAUAUUAAAAUACCAGUAAUUGUCAAGCCUCAAUAAAAUAUACAAUCGGGAGAGGCUGUGCUCUUGUGAUUAUUUAGCCCAGUCGACCGAUGUGACUAAAAUGAGUUUAAAUUUCUUGAAUCAAUAUUCUGUUUUUAUUUGUUUUACAGGAAGUGCACCAGAGGAGCAUCCAAGCCCUGGCUGAGAUUACGGCUAAAGGUGUGGAGCAGUUGCAUAAAGCAGGAGAGCUUGUUUUGUUAGACAGAGAAAAGGAAAAGGACUUUAAAGAAAGGGCCCAAAGUUUGGCCAGGUAAGGUUCAAACGGCUAGGGUAAGAAAGUUAUAAUUUGAUAGCUUUCUCUCAUCACAUUUUUUUGUUCAUUUUUAAGUAGUUGAUCAUGUUAAAUAUGAAAGGGACAAAAAACAACCAAUCUCUUCCUUAUCUCUAAAAUACAAUCACUUUUAUAACUCAUCACUUUUAUAACUCAUCAAUUUUUAAUUUGCAGUUCAUAACUUUUCAUGUUGGUGAUUUAUGUCAUGUGCAUGUCAAAAAAAUCUUCAUCUCUGUAUAUUACUUUGCACAGACUAGUUUGAAUGUUUAUUUUAUUACAUAAAACUUUAAAACUUUCUGCAUUAGAUUUGCAUUUGUCAGUCCAGCAUUUUAAAUAUCAAACAUAUCCAUGAAUGCUUUAACGAUAAGCUUAACUCUUGUGUAUUUCAGGUUAACUGGGGUUCUGUGUCAUGAGAUUGGAAACCUGGCAACUCAGUUUGCAGCAUGCCUCAAUAAAAUGGCUGUAAGUAGAAAAUUAUUUUUGAUUCAACUUUUUUUUAAACUUACCAACUUAAUUUUAACAACUUCAACACAAUUAUUGUGUUUCAUGAUAUGAAAUUAAAAGCUUUGCCUCAAUGUAUUAAUCAGUAAAUACCAUUGAUAGGUGCAUGCAAUAAGGGAUAGGUGAUGAUAGCAAUUCUGACUCACUUCACUUAUGCCUUUUACCCCACCUGGGGACAUAUGCCAUCUACAAGAAUUUUCCAUUCAUCUCGGUCCUGUGCUUUCUUUUCCAGUUGCUUCCAGGUUUGUCCCAUACUUCAUGCGUCUAGCUCGAGCUAGCGACUAAAUGCAUUCUUUGACCUUGCUCUCUUCCUUUUUCCCUGUGGAUUCCAUGUCAGACCUGUUUACUCUUACGAUUUUGGCGUACAAUGUACGAUUUUGAGGUGUAUACAUUAUAUAUACAGCACGUUUUUGCUCUAUAAAGAGAAUGUAUUGAACGAUUAUAUGAUGAUAUUGUACGAUUUUAAGGGUUUGAGGGUAAACAGGUCUGCCAUGUUAGGAAUUGUCUAGUGAUGUUAUCUGGGGGUUUACGAAGAGUGUGCCCUAUCCAACUCCAUCUUUUCCUUAUGGUGUCUUCAGCAAUAGGCUCUUGGUAUGUCCUUUCCAGUAACUCUUUGUUGGUGAUGAUUUUUAGCCAUUUUAUGUUCAGGAUCAUUUUAAUGCAAGUGUUUGUGGAGGUCUGUACUUUCUGUGUGAUGUUCGCUGCUCUUCAAGUUUGACUCCAUAGAAGUGUACUGAUUGGACGUGUGUGUUUAAAAUCCUACCUUUCGUUUGGCUAAUUGACAGACAGUAGUGAAGAGUGUCAUAAACUAAACUGACCUAAAUGUCAUUUUAGUUAAUUUGGAAUGUUAUAUAAUUAUGUUUCUUGAAAACCUUCCUGACCAAGAUACAAGCUUAAGAUACCUUAAUAAAGUUUCAAUAAAAGUAUUUUUUAUUACAGGAAACUAACUAAUUAUAUUUUUUUUAAAUUCACAUUCAGGAUAAAACAGAUACAGUUGAUGAAAUAACACCUCUGGUUACAAAUGUUUACCUUGAGGUAAGGAUAAUUCAAAUUCAUAGUCCCUUGCCCAAAGGAAAGGCAGCCAAAAAGAUGCGUGUUCUUUUUCAAAUAAUUCUCAAUUACUCCAAUAAGUCCAGACGGAGAAGUAACUUGUUUUGAUUAAAUUCUUGUUUAAUUUAUUAAGAAAGCUGCUCCCAAAAAGUUUAUAUAUAUUUUGGAUUUCUCUACUGAAAAAAUUUUCAAUUUAAUAAUAGCCAGUGCUAAAUAUAGCUUUGUAGUGAAGGGGUAAAUCUUGCAAUUACAGAAAUCUACCAACUACAUCAAUAAUUUUGUAUUGUUGAACCAUAAAUUACAUGGGUUUUAUCACAACACUAUUUUCUGACCAUACAGUUUUUUUCUUAAAUAUUGAAAACAAAAAAAAAAGAAGGGGGAGGGGAUGUCUUUUCAUCUUUUUCUUUUUUGUAUUUGUUUAUUCUGCCACUCUUCUAUAGGAAUAAUGUAUUUCUUAACUUAUCCCAAAAAUACAAGAGAUACAUACCUCAUCACUAUAAGAAGCUAAAGAAGGUUUUUAAUCUAUGUAUUCUUUUCUGUUGGUAUUCAAUUCAAAAACUUCACCCAAUUUUUACACUGUCUCUUAAGCUCCUUGAGCUUUACUGCAGUCCAUUUCUUGUAAUUACUUGGUCAUGAAACCAUUAUUCUUAUAUGUUCCAGGCUACAAACAGCAGCACAUACAUCCAAGAUGCAUUUCUCCUGCUGUUACCUGUGCUACAGCAUGCAGCUAUUGAGCACUCCAUCUUGUCCAGACAGUCAUGAUUUUUAUAUAGAUUUUGGGUUUUGCAAUCCGUGUAGAUAGUGGUAUAUAUAUAUAUAUAUAUAAAUAUAUAUGACAUAUACAUAUGACAUUUUCUGUGGUGAUAUCAUAAAUUUGUUUUUUUUUAAUUUAUAAGUGAUGCUUGGCAUCACAAAAUAAUAAUUAAUUUGAAUCAAUAUAAUAUUUGCCAUUAACCUGAAGGUACUUCAGGGCCAUUUUUUACAAAAUAGUAUGAAAGUAUUUGAAAGUUAUAGUCGAAAAAAAUGGAUGACCUUGUCGUUUUGUGAUUUGAAAUUUACUAUGUAACUUAUUGUAACUCAUUUUUUUUUUAAUAUCAUGCUAGCCAAUUUGAUAAAACUACCCCAAAAAUGUAAAACAAUUUUUUACCUUGUAUAAAUUUUAAAAUAAAAAUGUUAAUAAAAUAAAAAUUCUGUAUUUUUAGCACCAAAAUAAAAAAUCAUGAAAUUUUUUUUUUAACCAAUUGUUUAGAAUUGAAAGAUUUACAUACACAGAUAAAAUGUAAAAAAUUAUGUCCUUUAAACAAACCUACUUCUCAGUAAACUGUACCAAUGAUUCCAAACAAAUAAUAAUCCAAAUAUUUUACAUUUCAACAUUCUGAGUAGUUUCUAUAAUGAUUGUUUGUUAUAAAAUGGUGGUGGUAAAAUUAGAGGAUUUUUCAUACUUGGCUGCAGAGUCAGAUCUUUGAAAUAGAUUAUUUUUUUUUGUUUAGUCAGGGUGUGAUUUGUUUCACAGAUUAAUGAAAAUAUUGUGAAAAGUUAUAGACAUUACAGUGAAAUUUCUAGGUUUGUCUGCAUUCCAGAGCUCUCAUAUAUUUUUAUGGGGCAUUAAAUUCUUUAAUGUAUGUGAAUCACACCCCACUGGAAGUUCCAAAUUAAAUUAAAUUUCAUUUUUUCUUUAUAAAAAAAAAAAAACUUGAAUUUUUACCAUAAAUUUCAGCACAUGAUGCCCCACACAUUAUGUGCCAACAGUGGCGGUCAAUAUAGGAAUAAAGUUGAUAUUAUCUUAAAAGAUAUUUAUUUCAAUGCUGUUCAAGUUCAUGUAUUCAAAUUUUCUAUGCAGUGUAUAAAAUGUGAAAAUAGAAAUGAAAGUGAGGUUUGUUGUGCAUUGGACAUCUGCUGCCGUGGUCCAAAUUCUUUGAUUCACUGCAUUCUUAAAUCUCUCCCACAUCGCAAUUUUGUCAUUUUAAACCCGAUAAUUUUACUCAUUCUAACUGAAUUUACCCAUAAUAAUAAAAUAAAUGAUUAUCGAAGGUUGUGGAAAAAAGCUUGUUUCUUGCUGUACAUAAAUUUAUAAUAAUUCAGAGAUUAUUUGUUAGAGUUAAAGAAAAUGAGGAAAUUGUAAUUCAUUUUUAGCAGCACUAUAUACAUUGUGGAAUAACAUCUUUCAAGUAUUCUAUUUUUGGAAUUUUUACUCACAACUGUUCUUAACAAAAAAAAUUUUUUUUGGUACAUCCUAAUGUUAAUACAAUGGGUAAUUUGUAUAAAUGUCUUAAAUAAUUAUUUCAAAUGUCUUAAUAAAACUUUGACUAUUUCUUAUUAUAAUUGGGGGCUUAAGAGGAAUCAAUUUAUGUUUUAUUAGAAAAGAUUACCAAUCAUUAAAAUGUAUAAAUAUCUCACAGAUGCUAAACAACAAACAACUUUAUGAAAUAAUAAAGAUAUAAUUCUAGAUUUGUUCAUUUAUCUACUUCUUUUAUUCUAAAACUUCAUCAUUAAAACUCUUCUUUUUUUUUUACAUCUGGCCUAAGGUCUUAUAAAUAACUUAGCUAAAAUAGGCAAGUAUAAAAUUAUUUAAAAAUCUGCACCGACUCUUUAUUAGGGAAUUGAUAAAGAUAUGUAAAUAUGGUUAUUGUUUUUGACUUAGCUUGAAGGAAAUCGACUCUGAAAAAAUAUUAACACUUGCGAGUUAUAUUAGUCACAGAGUACAAAUAACAGAAAUUAAAUUUGGCGGUAUACUAAUUGGUACUUAUGAAGUCUUGCAUGUGUGUACAAAGAUAUGAUAUAUGAAACCAGUUUGUAUCUUUGAUCUUGAUGUUAUUAUAAAAGUUGCAAUGUAUAAUGAAUCAAGAAUCUGUCAUUUUGAUGUAUAAUAAUAAUAAUAUAUUUCAUUCUUACAUAAAGCGGCACAAGUCUUCGGUUUAUUCAUUGUCACAUCAUGGUAAUCCUAGCAAUGGCUGGCAUAAUUUUGUUGGUAAGAAAUUUAAAAUUAACACGAGCAGAUUUCUAAAGAUGAGGGAAAGACAUUGAUCCCACAUACAGAGUUGUUUCCAGAUAAGAAGAAAGCACUUUAAUUCACGAAUAAUAUCGAUCUGAAUAAAUCCAACCCACUUACAGUUCUAAAGUGUCAAUUUUUUUUACUAUUUGUGUCUUCAGCAUGGAUUUCCAUUUCUGGUCCUUUCUUAGCUUCAAUGAUAUUUAAUAUUUUAUUAAUGCAACUAAAAAUUGCCUCUGCAUAAACCCGCUCGAUAGUUUUGAUUUUUAUUGCCUCUGCAUAAACCCACCGGAUUGUUUUAAAUUUUGCAAAGUAAAUACGCAGGAAGUGUCUGACUAAUGUGAUUUUGCUAUAAGUCAGAUCCUACAUCAUAUCUCAUAUGAUCAAGUUUGUAUUUAUAUCAAGAAGGAACUAAAAAAUCAGAAAAUUGAAGCAAAGGAGGAUGGGAAUGAGAGAAUAUGAAAAGCAUAUUCAGAAAUUUACAAGUGCAACACCAUUCAUAAUUGGGUCUAAUCUAAUUUAUUCAACCUCGUUUUCUUAUGUUAUAUCAUGGCAAAAUUAACUACAGUUAAUAAUAAAUUUAGUAUAAUUUAUACAGCUCUGUUUUUAUUUACUCUUAACUCAGUAGUUUUAGUUUUAACCUAUGUUAAUUAUUGAAUGUAAUCUCACCUACUGUACUUCUCUGUUUAGCUAAUUUAUUAUCUAUUUUUAUUUGAAUUUCUUAGCAUUGGGGAAUUAUGAAUAUUGAGGGAUAGAUUCUUCUGUACAUACAUGUAAAUGAAAACUUUCUCCAAUAUUAUUUGAUAUACACUAGUGAUUUAUAUACUGUGUCACAGUAUACAUUCUAUAAGUAAUUAAAUCCAGCUACAGGCAAGGCAAGCAUUUUAUUAGUCUUUUGUUGCCAUAAAUUUUAUCCCUAGCCAUUCCCAGCAAAGUUUGCCAUUAUUUACCUAAACUUUAUCAAUUUAAAAAAUAAAAUAGAAACUUUUAUUGCAC